UUUUGACUAAUCUAUGACUUAUUACUUUUGUAUUCUGAUAGGAACUGCAAUGGAUAACCUCAUCAACAUCCAAAAAAACCCAUCACCAUCAACCUCCAGCCUUCCUCCUCUAGAUGUCACACCACUACAAAUCGUUAGACCAUCUGAUGACUUCAACAACUACACCUAUGGUGUUGGUCCAAGUACUGCUCCAAAAAAACAAGGACGUGGUCGACCAAAGGGUUCCAAAAACUUGAGGACCCCGGUGAAGAAGCUAAAAACAGAAGAUCCAAAAAACAGAAAGGUUCUCUCUCCCCGAGACUUUGAUUCAGGGAUAACCGAAGCAGAAAGGGAAACCGGAAACCAGGAAAUAGUUGAGUUGGUUUUGAAGCGGUUUGACGCGGUAAGACGGAGAUUUUGCCAACUAAACCUCCAGAGAGACAUCCUUACAACAGCGAACGUUAAUUGUAGGAAUAUGGGGGUCCAAACUAAUAUAAGAAGGAGGAUUGGUCUUGUUCCUGGAGUACAAGUAGGUGAUAUUUUUUAUUAUUGGGGUGAAAUGUGCUUAGUCGGGCUACACAAACAAACGGUUGGCGGCAUUGAUUAUAUGACGGCUGAUGAUGGCGCAGUAGAACCUCUUGCAACAAGUGUGGUUACAUCAAGACAGUACGAUGAUGAAACCGAAGAUCUUGAAUGCUUGAUUUAUUCUGGAUAUGGCGGAGCGGAUAAGAACGGUUUACCUCGUGAUCAAACUAUGGACAGAGGAAACCUUGCACUAGAUACCAGUAGAAGAAUAGGAAAUGAUGUUAGAGUCAUCCGAGGUAGAGGCGACCCCAAUGAUGACACUAGAAAGGUAUACAUUUACGAUGGACUUUUUAUAGUUUCUGAGACGUACUUUGUGAUAGGAAAAAGCGGGCGUAAAGAGUUCAAGUUUAAAAUGGUGAGGAAACCAAACCAACCUAAUUCUGGUUAUGCAAACUGGAAAUUAGCUGAAGAAUUGAGGACGCACGACCCGAGGCAGGGUUUUAUACUUCAAGAUCUUUCUUUUGGAAAAGAGGAUUUACGAGUGCCGCUGGUUAACGAUGUAGAUGAAGAUGACAAAAAAAUUCCUGAAGAAUUUGAAUACAUCACAUCACAGGAUCACUCAAGAAUGAUGCUUGAUUUAAACAUCGAUCCCCAAGAACUUGGAUGCCAGAAUUGUGAAGAUCAGCCAUGCUUUCAUCAAAUUUGCAUGUGCAGGCAAAGAAAAAGUGGCGAGUUACCAUACCAUAACUCCAUUUUGGUUUGUCGUAAACCAUUGAUUUAUGAGUGCGGUGAAUCAUGUUUAUGCCCCAACGAUUGUAAAAACCGAUUGGUUCAAAACGGUUUGAAGUUACACAUGGAAGUGUUCAAGACGAAAAAUUGUGGUUGGGGUUUACGUUCUUGGGAUCCAAUCCGAGCCGGGACUUUUAUCUGCGAGUUUACUGGUGUGAGGAAGACAAAAGAUGAAGUGCAAGAAAACGAUAAUUUCUUGUUCGACUCAGCUCGAUUUUAUAUGAGGUUUAAGUGGAACUACGAACCUGAGCUUGUGUGUGAGGAUGUAUGGGAAAGUGUCCCUGAGGUUUUCAAUCUUACAACGCAAGUCUUGAUAAGUGCCAAGGAAAAAGGGAACGUUGCUCGAUUCAUGAAUCACAGCUGUAAGCCUAAUGUUUUCUGGCAGCCUAUUGAAUAUGAUACAUACGUUCGGAUUGGGCUUUUUGCGAUGAAGCAUAUUCCUCCAAUGACAGAGUUAACAUAUGACUAUGGAGUUUCUUCUGUAGAGCGUAUUGGAGAAGAUGAGAAUAUUUACACAGGCAAUAAGAUUUGUCUUUGUGGUUCAGUCAACUGUCGUGGUUCUUUCAGCUGA